UAUGUACGAUAGUGACUUAGAAAUUGACGAUGAGGAAGAACACCAGCAGGGAAAGGAACAUGAAAAGCUUUUCUCAGUGGCAACGGAACAUGUAAUGCACAAAGCGAAUGUCUACGAAGCCAGAGAUUUGCUUGAAUUCUAUGCAUUAUACAAGCAGGCAACGAGUGGGGCGUGUCACGGGCCUCGCCCGUCGAUGCUGCAAAUGAAAGCGCGCAGCAAGUGGCAAGCAUGGCACGAACUAGGCGACAUGAGCAGCGCCGAUGCGCAGCGUGCGUAUGUUGAUAAAGUACACAAACUGGAUCCCAGUUGGUUGGAUAACAAACAGAUUAUUGGUGGUACCGCAAGUGGUCGGACCGGUUGGGUGGUGCACUCUAUUGAAUCGGUGCCAAUAGAAGAGACCAACAAGCCGGAGCAGCAGAAGACGUUAUUUGACCAUGUCAAGGAGAAGAACUUGGAGCGGUUGCGUGAGCAACUGAAGCCCGCGGAUCUAAUUGAAUUGGAUGAGCAAGGCAUGGCCUUGCUGCACUGGGCAACCGAUCGCAAUGCCAUUGAGAUCAUUGAGUUUCUGAUCAAGCAAGGCGCCGACGUCGAUCAGCGCGAUGCUGAGCAACAGACGCCAUUGCAUUAUGCCGCCAGCUGUGGCCAUGUGGAGGCCUUGCGCUAUUUGCUAUCGUUGAAUGCGAAUAUGGAGCUGCGCGAUGUCGAUGGCCAGACGUGCAUCGAUGUGGCCGAUGAUGUAGAGAUUUGCAGCAUACUAAAAGCCGAGCUGCAGCUGCGCAACAAAAGCAGCUAUUAAAUUCAUUACAAAAGUGCAUAUAACAAAAAAUACAUAUUUCU